AGCUUUGACUGGCGGUACGCGCACGAUCCGCAUAGCGCAAGGUGCUCAGGGUCUCGGACACAUUAUAGUCCGCGGGACUGACGCAGGCGAUCAUCAAUUCGGCCUCACCGAAUUGGAGGUCACUUCCGCUCAUUUAAUGCGUGGCUCUGCCGGUCGGGCUGUAGCAGCCACUGCAAUGAACGAGACCUCGUCCCGUUCUCAUGCCAUUUUCACGCUCACCGUAGUCUCCAGCAAGCUGGAGGGAAGGAAGGUGGUGACCACCUCCAAGAUCAAUCUGGUGGAUCUGGCUGGCUCUGAACGCUGCUCCAAGACACUGGCCAUCGGCGACCGCUUCAAGAAGGGGGUCAACAUCAAUAAAGGCCUGCUGGCCCUCGGCAACGUGAUCAACGCAUUGGGCUCCGGACAAACUGCCGGUUACAUACCGUACCGCCAGUCAAAGCUGACGCGCCUGCUGCAGGACUCGCUGGGCGGCAACUCCAUCACAUUGAUGAUCGCCUGCGUCAGUCCCGCGGACUUUAAUGUGUCCGAGACCUUGAGGACCUUGCGCUAUGCGGAUCGUGCGCUGCAGAUC